UGUGCUCUCUGUCGCGAUCUACCGUUUACUAUGCUGUGUGUUUCUGUCUGCUUGCCUGAGUUUAUUUUGCACUUUGGAAGUUUGUUACUUUGAGUUCAGCAUUAAAGCUGUUUUUUGAGUUCACCUUUUUGCCUCCGAGAGUCUGCACUUUGGGUCCUCCUUACCACCACUCCUGCCUGCACACAGCCUUAACCUAACACUUAUUUUGUAAAUGUCAUUACAACAAUUCAUUUAAAUUGGUUUUUCUAUUGUUUUGUGUUCUUUUCUUUUUAAAUAAUAGGACAUUUUAUUUAUAUGAUUUCACUUGAAAUUUGAAAUGUUUUAUUGAUUUCUAUAAACACACAAGCACCUAUAUCUGUGCAAUUUACUCUAGUUGUGUUUAAUGAAGGGUUUAUUGUUCCCAGCAUUUAUCAGUAGAGCAUUAUGUGGACACAGCAGACGCUGCUCUUACUCACUAUAAAGUUUUUGCUCUGUGUCCUGUCUGUGCAGGCUUUUUGUCCAGUUUUCUCCUGUGAAAAAAACAAUGAGGAAACACGUUGCCCUCCUGCUCAUUCUUUUCCCCGUGUGUGGACAUCUGCUGGACAUCAAAUUUUAUAAUGACCCUUACAAGUAUACCUGGGCAGAGGCAGAAGCAUUCUGCAGGGAGAACCACACUGACUUGGUCCGAGUGAGAACUGCAGAAGAAAAUAAAGCUUUACAGUACUCUGGAUGGAUCGGUUUGUCCCGGAAGGAUGCAACAAGUCCAUGGAAAUGGUCCAGAGGAGGCGAAAUAGCCAUAUUCACACCGUGGGAUGGCGCACCAAAAAAUGAUGAAAACUGUGUGAACAGAAAAAGCGACGGAAAAUGGGAAAGCAAGAAGUGUGAUGAAAAAAUAAACUUCCUAUGUUAUGAGGAAGAGCUGAUUCUGGUGAAGGAGAAUAAAACAUGGGAGGAGGCAUUAGGACACUGCAGGUCUCUGGAUGGAGUGGUCACAGAAGAUCCAGCCUCUUCAUACUGGAACCACCGCCAUGACUUGGUUACCCUGAUCACUCCAAAUGACUACACCACUGCACAAAAGACCGCACAAGAGGCUACCACUGAUGAGGUGUGGACAGGCCUGUGUAACCUGGCUGGUGAGUGGCUGUGGGUGGGUGGAGAAGAAAUGCAAUAUGAGGAUAUCCCAAAAUGCCCAACCGAGGGCCUCUGUGGCGUCCUCAAGAAGAACGGUACUGCACCCUACGGCAUAAGAAACUGCCGGCAGAAAAGGAACUUUAUCUGUUCCAAAAUUAAUUAAGUACUGUACUUAAGUAAAAAUUUGAUAUAUCUGUACUUAACUUUCCAUCUUAUGACACUUAGAUACAUGUGUGUCAAAGUAAACAGGAGAAAUAAUCCAAAGCAGACUCCACAGACAAGCAGGAUUAAAUAAAAAUGAACCGUUAUUCAGGUUCAUGAGUGAGUCCAAAAUUAGAAAUUCCAAGAACCUGGGAACAUGACCAACACUUUACACUACCAGCCAAAAGUUUUUGAGUUAGAGUAAUCGUACCUUCAUUCAUGAUGUAUGUUACAAAGAUAUCAGUCAAUAUAGUCAGUACAUUGAAAAGGUGAGAAAUAGUGAUGGAAGUGUUUUCAUACUGUUAGAUUAUACGAUGACAGUAGAUUAAUGUAAACCAGAAAAAUCAUAUAUAAUGUCUUGCUAUAUGUGUUACUUUCCUAAUGUAGUUGUGUGACAUGUCAAGUAAAUGCUGGACUAUAAAUAAUUUAAAAGUUGUCUCAAGUCAAUAAAGAUAUUAAAGAGUAAUGUGCAGUUAAGCAAUUAUUUUUGUCUUUAUAAGCAGUGGUGAGGGAACCAUAUGGUAACUUUCACUGCUAUGAGGCUUUUUUUGCAUCCUAAAACAGGCCAUGUUGUAUUCCUUCUGGAAAGACAAUGUUUUACAGAAUUCGAGUAAAAGUAAAAUUUGGUUUUGGAUCC